CGGGACAAUGAGUACCGAAAACGGGAAGUCCGCAGAUGCGCCGGUGGCGGCACCGGCUGCAAAAGAGUUGACCAGCAAGGACUACUACUUCGACUCGUACGCUCACUUCGGUAUCCACGAGGAGAUGCUCAAGGACGAGGUGCGAACCACCACCUACCGGAACUCGAUCUAUCAUAACUCGCACUUGUUCAAAGACAAAGUUGUGAUGGAUGUUGGCUCGGGAACUGGAAUUCUUUCCAUGUUCGCCGCCAAGGCUGGAGCGAAGAAGGUUUUCGCGAUGGAAUUCUCCAACAUGGCGCUCACCUCCCGCAAAAUAAUCGCCGACAACAACCUGGACCACAUCGUCGAGGUGAUUCAGGCGAAGGUAGAGGACGUUCACGAGUUGCCAGGAGGCAUUGAGAAGGUCGAUAUCAUCAUUUCCGAGUGGAUGGGAUACUGCUUGUUCUACGAGUCGAUGCUCAACACUGUGCUCGUCGCCCGCGAUAGAUGGUUGGCUCCGAAUGGAAUGUUGUUCCCGGACAAGGCUCGUCUCUACGUCUGUGCUAUCGAGGAUCGUCAGUACAAGGAGGACAAGAUCCACUGGUGGGAUUCAGUCUACGGAUUCAACAUGUCCGCUAUCAAGAACGUCGCGAUCAAGGAGCCACUCGUCGAUAUCGUCGACAACGCUCAGGUCAACACCAACAAUUGUCUGCUGAAGGACGUUGAUUUGUACACCGUUAAAAUCGAGGAUCUCACGUUCAAAUCGGACUUUAAGCUGAGAUGCACUCGCAGCGACUAUAUUCAAGCUUUCGUCACCUUCUUCACCGUCGAGUUCUCCAAGUGCCACAAGAAAACCGGAUUCUCGACUGGGCCAGAUGUACAGUACACUCAUUGGAAGCAGACCGUCUUUUAUCUUAAAGACGCGCUCACAGUAAAGAAAGGCGAGGAAAUAACCGGAUCAUUCGAGAUGGCACCAAACAAGAACAACGAACGUGACUUGGAUAUCAACAUUUCGUUCGAUUUCAAGGGAGAAGUGUGUGAUCUCAACGAGCAGAACACCUACACCAUGCACUAAUUUUUGCUGUUUUUUUUUUCGUCUUUUUUCUCACACUUUUUUGCCCCCAAUUUUUACACUUUGUUGAUCCCCCGUUGUUCCCCCCGAAACCUCCCGAUUUCCGCAGAUACUCGAUUGUAUAUACCUCGAUGCGGGUUGUUGUCGCGCACCUCCUCUAUCCGCGCGCACGCUCACUCUGCUCGGUACUCCAUUUGUUGACCUUUUUCCAUAAAAAAAAAUCUGCC